AUGUCUUUACGGCUUGCAGAGAAGUGCAGAUUUCUGUUCCAAGACUCAGCUUUGAGCGUCAACUUACCUCAAGUAGCCCCUAUGCCUUCGAAUAAUAAUUUUCUUGCUUAUUAUUAUGCUGAAACGCUAGAUAAAAUUCUAGAUUUUUCAAUCAAAGACCAAGACUGCACUUGUCAAGCUUUGAUUUUCCAAAGAAUGAUGGCACAUACCUGCAAGCAUGUAUUACACAAGUAUAAAAGAGUAAUAGAUGCUCAAAAAGAAUGCUCUUUUUGCAAUGAAAAGCCCACUAAGUAGCAUUUUUUAUAAGCCGAAUUCAAAUUUGGUUUGCUAAAUAGCAUAGCUUGCCAAAUAAUUUGGCAAAUCUGCUAAGCCCUGGCUAAUCGACAUAUGCUCCUAAUGGACUAUUUAUUAUAAUCUAAUAUACAAAUUUUUUGCAAUAGAUGGAAAAACUAAUACUAGAUAUUGCGAAAAAUACAGAGAAUACCCAAUUACUCAAGAUAUAACUGCACUUAAAAGAGAGGUCAUUUUGAGGACCUCUAUUGUAUAUAAUGAUGAAAAAUUAGAAACAUCUUUGAGGAAUAUUUUUAAUGCUGUAAUGGGGAUAUCUACUCUUUAUCCGAUGGCCCAAUUCCAAGAAGAUUUUGCGAGCAGCAUUGACUUUUGAAACUGUGUGGUUGAGUAUAUGAAAAACCAAAAAGACUUAUCCUUUUUUACCUUGUUUUGCCUUGCUGGAAUAGCUUGAAUUUAGGCAUAGCAAAAUAAUGCCAAAAAAGUAUAAAAAAUAACACAUAA